UAUUCCCCCACUGACCGUUUGUUUCUUAUGGAUCAAACUCCUCCAUCCCUAAUUAGACAAUCUAACCAAUCGAUGACAAGCAACGGGUCAACGAACAGUGAAUGUCUGAACGAUAAACAUCGAUCCCCAUGAAGGAAAGCAGCUGAGGCUAUUUGGGGUUUAAAUCGAGGCAGAUUACGAAUUUUUGGGGGUGAUAUUGAAAUUCACCAUGCAUGAAGGAAACGUGAGAUUGUCAGAGACCACCUAAGUCAAUCCUUCAAGGUCUCACGACCAGACCUCCUUCGACUUCGCCACCUUUGUCUCCUCGCCCCCACUUCUCAGCCUUCCCAUCCAUUCACCAUAUUUUUCCCCUCCUCUCUUCUUACCCCUCUCGGCCAUCUUAUCGGGAUUGAUCCGCGCAAGAGACGGGAGACGAGACAACAGGCACGAGACAAUGGCACCACGUCUCCUAUCCUGUUUAGUGAAACCAUCGUCGUCUGAAAAGAUCAAUGCGAUGGCGGAUGUGGAGGCAGAGGAGCAGAGGCAGGGAGGGGCGGUGGUGGUGGAGCUGUUCACAUCACAGGGUUGCGCCACCUCACCGGAGGCCGAGCUGCUCGCGUCCCGGCUUGGGAGGGGAGACUUUGAGCUUGGGAUCCCUCUGAUCCUGCUGGCCCACCAUGUUGAUUACUGGGAUUACAUGGGAUGGAAGGACCCGUUCGGAUCCAGCCUAUCCACCGUCCGGCAGAAGACAUAUGUUGAGGCCCUCGGGCUCGACACUAUGUUCACACCGCAGGUGGUGGUCCAGGGCAGGGCCCACUGCACAGGGACCGACCAGGAAGCGCUGUUGGCGUCGAUUACCUCCGCACCCAGAUUCCCCGCUCCCACAUUCCAGGCAAAUUUCCAAAGGCCAUCACCGGACACAUUACAAGUAUCACUUUCCGGAGCCCUAAGGAUGAAAGUGGACAGCAAUGGAGCUAAUGUCAUGGUGGCUCUAUACGAGAACGGACUCAUCACCAAUUGUCAGAGUGGAGAGAACAAAGGGAAAGUCUUAUCGAACGACUUUGUUGUCAGGAAGCUCGAUAAGCUCUGCAGCAUUAAGGAUAUCUCGUCAAAGAAGACAGUCUCCGGAGCGGUCAAUUUCCCUCUAUGGGAAGGCUUUAACAGCGGUAAAUGCGUUAUUGCGGUAUUCGUCCAGAACAGUUCUCAUCAAACCUUUGGGUCGCAGAACUUCAAGUUGCCGGAAAAUUUGUAAUGGCUUGAGUGGUUCUGAUCGAGUUUAUGUUUUUGUGUGUAAUAUAAGGUCAUCCUCUGACCAUUAUGUACAGAAUAUUCCUAUUUUUUCUUUCUUCUUAAUCUUGUGUUGACUGUACAAAUCAAUCAUGUAGGAAGCAGUUAUGCAAUCAUGGUUACAGGAUUUCCUAAUGUGCUCUUACAUCAUA